AUGGACCCCAUUGAAGUUACCUCAGAUGGAAAAUAUAGUCAAUCUAUGGGAAACAAAGAAAUUUGCAUUCUUAUUGUGGAUGAUGAUCAUACAUGCUGUGCUAUUGUGGCUAAAAUGAUCCAAUCUCACACUACUUACAAAGUAUUGCGUACCGGAGUUGCUUUUGAGGUUUUAAAGGCGAUAGAGAAGAGAAAGGACAGAUUCGAACUUGUUUUAACCAAUGUUCACAGGUUAGAAUCACGUGGACAUGAGAUUAUCCGAUGUAUAAACGAGCAAUUCAAUCUUCCCACAAUUUACAAUAUGAAGAUAGCGUCUAAAGGUCAAGAACAUAUCGUUAAAGCAAACGUUGUGAAUUCGUUUAACCGGGAUAAAAUAAAUCACCUUUGGCAAUGUGCAUUUGAGAAAUUGAAGGCCAAAAAGGUGGAAACUAAUAAUGUACGAGCGAAUUCUCACGAGAAAUCCAUGUCGUCUCAAAAGAGAUCCAUACCGUUUCAAGAGACUAAUUCACCAUCAAUUAGUCAAUCGUUACGAGUUCAUGAAAGAGAAGAAGGUAGACAUACAAACGAACAAACUCAAUGUGGAAAAGAUGAGUAUUCCCCAAAUAAGAAACCAAGGAUGGUGUGGACCACAGAAUUGCAUGCUAAAUUCAUGAAAGCCCUCGAUAAAUUAGGCGAAAAAGCAGUACCAACGAAUAUAGUUGAACUUAUGGACCAUCCAGGGUUAACUAGAGAAAAUGUUGCUAGUCAUUUGCAGAAACAUCGUGAGAGCAGAAAACGAGAUAAACACGACGCAAGUUCUAUGCUUCUGGGUUCGAUUUUAAGACUCAACCCCUUGCAAAGGAAUCCUUUUUUCGCCCAACAGGGUUACACGAUAUCUUGCCAACAAGUUCCUUCACUGUUGAACCCGAGUCAAUCGCAGUUAUUUUCAGCAAACAAUCAGAUGGACACUCCAUACCUAAAUGUACAAGAGAUACCUCUUUUGACAGUUCCACAGUUGAACAAGUAUCCAGGUCUUGGAAGUUUGGGAUUCAGAAAUGAAAAUAGCUUAAAACAUUCGAAACAGAUGUGCAUUCCCAGACAACAAGACUUCAAACUAUUCAAUCAAACCAAGAAUAUUUACACCUUUGCUGGAUUGAGAUUGGCAAACAAUGGAAAGUCAAUCGAAUUUGGCCCUCAUAAAGUAUUCCAUUCAGGAACUGCUGAGAACGAGUUUAAUGUCCUCAAGCCAGCAUCAUCAAUGAAUCAGGACAUGAUACUAAAUCAGUACACUUCACUGAUGAUAGACUCCAAUUCCCAGCAGCCUUCUCAGAUGACAACAUUCACGAGUCAUAUCCAACUGAACACCACUCCAGAUCAAAACCCUUCAGCAUUGUUCGAUUGCAUUUCCCAAGAGUUGUCUCUCUUAGAAAAUUCUCCAAACGACUUUCAACAACAAGAUACGGAACCAAUUUCAAGACCUACAAAUGAAAAUACAGUAGUACAAUACUCAUCUCAAUUGCCAAGUCCAGCAAAUAAAGACGAUGUCCAAUGUAUUUCAACACCCCAAAAUAGCAUCUUGCAGCAGCAACCUCCUAUGCAAUUCUUAGAAAAUUUCAAGAAUGAAAGUGCUGAUCAGUGCCCUUCAGCACUUCUCUUUGAUCCAGAAAUGGAUUGGAAUGAAGUAUGGACUCCACAAUUACCACAAACGCCGCAACAAAUGAAUGAUUUUGUCAAUAAAGGGAAGAUGGACAAUACAUUACUUCAAGUUAAUUUGGACAACUUGGAUUUUGGGCAACUUUUUGAAAAUGAUGAAUGA